AUUCAUUGAAUUUCAGCUAAGCGAGGUCUUAUUUUUCACAAAUUUCGUAUGAUCGUAUCUGGUGGAAUGGCGGAGGAGGAGGAGAUGGCGGCGGAGAGAGAGAGCGCGCAAAGUGGGGAUGAUGCGAGCUUGGAUGAAGAAGCUGUGAGGAGAGAGAGACGGAGGGAGAAAAAGAGGAAGCGGCUGUUAAAAGAAGCUGAGAAAGCAGAGAAGCGGGGCGUUUGCUAUUUGAGUCGGGUGCCUCCGCAUAUGAAUCCGUUGAGGCUUCGCCAAAUUCUUUCACAGUAUGGAGAAAUAGGCCGAGUUUAUCUUACUCCAGAAGAUCCUGCUAAUCAAAUGCGCCGGAAAAAGUCUGGUGGAUUCAGGGGGCAAGAGUUCUCAGAGGGGUGGGUUGAGUUCAUUGACAAGAAAGUUGCAAAGAGAGUUGCGAGCAUGUUGAAUGGAGAACAAAUUGGUGGAAAGAAAAGGUCAUCCAUCUACUAUGACCUGUGGAAUAUCAAAUAUUUGAGUAAAUUUAAGUGGGAUGAUCUUAAAGAGGAGACAGAAAUAAAGAAUGCUACUCGAGAGCAGAAGCUGGUGUUGGAACUCUCUGCUGCCAAAAAAGAGCGAGUUUAUCUCUCCAAAGUUGACCAAUCAAAGGCGAUUAGUAAGAUUGGAGAGCGGUUAAAGAAGAAGCGGAAGAUUGAAAUGGUACCGAAAGUAGUCCGCCAUUUCCCUCAGAAGAGACCAUUCGGGAACGAAACCGGAGAGAACAAGGGCCAACUAUCAAGGGACAUCUUGGCAGGAGUUUUUGGCUCGUGAUGACUGAUGAGUUUUAUGCGAAUCGGCUAUUUUUUGUGAGGUAUUGUUUCCUUCAAGUGCAGUUUUGGAGUUGCAAACACUCGGGUUGAUGUUCAUGCUUUGUCAUGUUUGUAGCUGUUAAUGCUCUACCAUAGGUCAUAUUUUUCUUAUACUAGAUAUAGAAUGUUUUAGCAAUUUAUUGCCAAAAAAUAGACCUCGUAGUUAUAAGAACAUCUGCAGUCUCUUUGAGUUUUUUGGAUUGUAUUAACUCUUUUCACUCUAUUUUGGUCUCUCUGUCAAUUAAGGAUCAUUUGGGAAAAUUAUAUA